AUGCCGUGCCGUGCCGUGCCGUGCCACGCCACCCCUGCCCUUCCCGCAGAGCACACGUACGGGGAGGUGAACCAGCUGGGCGGCGUGUUCGUGAACGGGCGGCCGCUGCCCAACGCCAUCCGGCUGCGCAUCGUGGAGCUGGCGCAGCUCGGGAUCCGGCCCUGCGACAUCAGCCGCCAGCUCCGCGUGUCCCACGGCUGCGUCAGCAAGAUCCUGGCCCGGUACCACGAGACGGGCUCCAUCCUGCCCGGGGCCAUCGGCGGCAGCAAGCCGCGGGUCACCACCCCCGCCGUGGUCAAGCACAUCCGCGACUACAAGCAGGGCGACCCGGGCAUCUUCGCCUGGGAGAUCCGCGACCGGCUGCUCGCCGACGGCGUGUGCGACAAGUACAACGUGCCCUCGGUCAGCUCCAUCAGCCGCAUCCUGCGCAACAAGAUCGGCGGGCUCGCCCCGCCCGGCCCCCCGCCCGCGCUGCCCUGCGGCCACAUCUACCAGUACCCGUACCCCGGCCCCGCCGCCCCGCCGCCCGCCAAGGCCGCCGGGCACCCGGCCGCGCCCCUCGGGGCACCCCCCGUCGGGCUGCCCCGCUCCUGGCCCUCGGCGCACUCCGUCACCAACAUCCUGGGCAUCCGCACCUUCGUGGAGCAGGCGGGGGCUCUGGCUGGCACAGAGGGGGCUGCCUACCCCCCCAAAAUGGAAGAGUGGCCCAGCGUGAACAGGACGGGCUUCCCCGCCCCGGGCCAGGCGGUCAACGGGCUCGACAAGGCGGCCAUGGAGGGGGACAUCAAAUACCCGCAGCCCGGCCCGGGGCUCUCCUCGAUGGGCACCUUCCUGCCGGCCUGCGCCUACCCCCCCUCCACCCAGCCCGGCGUCUACGGCGGCUCCCCCGGCGGCUACAUCGCCCCGGGACCCCCCUGGCAGCCGCAGGGGACCCCCCUGGCCCACCACGGCCACGGCGUGACCGUCCACGGCGGCGACCUGCCCGCGGCCAUGGCGUUCAAGCAGCCCGGCAGGGAAGUCGUGGACAGAAAACCCACCAGCCCCGUGGGGAAACCUCCGGACCCUCUAAACGCCAUCCACGGACUCUCUAUCCCAACCUCCUCGUCCUAG